AUGGCUGCCCAGUCCGAAGAUAGUCAACCAUCGUUCUCGGGAUAUUCCAUUCUAGUCUAUUUGAUACAAAUGCUAUCUCAUCUACUUAACGGAUACCUGACGGCUUUUUUCGUCUUCACAGGAAUCGUCCUUAACAUAUUCUCAAUUUACAUCUUCCUACGAUGUGAGCGUGGAGGUACACCAGCAAUUCAAUAUUACUUGGUAACAUUAACCAUGUGGCAGACAGCCUUGCUAGCCAAUGCGUUUCUUCUUUACUCAUUGCCACAUCUUCUGUUUGGACAUUUAGUGUCCACAGGUACCUAUGUGCAUAUCUAUCCCUACGUAUAUACUUUUGCCAACACUACUCAUACAGGAUCUGUAUGGAUUGUUCUCACAUUAACAAUUGAUAGAUAUCUGGCAUUGUGCCAGCCAUUGAAGCACAGAGCAAUCGGAAAGAAAAGUCGGGUAAAGAGGCUUAUGGUUAUAGUUUCUCUUCUGGCUGUUUUGUUCUCACUUCCACGCUUCUUCGAGGUCGAAGUUAUCACUUUCACAAACCAGCAGAAUGAAAUCAACAUCGGAAUUGAUAGAACUUCUUUGUUUGACAAUAAAAUAUAUUGGACUGUUUAUCAUAUAAUACUAGCCAUGUUGUUUGUGACGUUAUGCCCGUGCUUAUUACUAUUCGCCUUAACUUUAAGAAUAUCAUUAGCCUUGAGAACAGCAAUAGCAAAAAGAAAGUCUUUAUGUGCUCCCAAUGCUGAAGUCGACGUCAGAAGCAAGAAAUGUCAUUCAGCAAGGGUCAACUCCAAGAAAGAACAUAAAUCAAACAUUAUGUUGGUACUCGUUAUUGCCAAAUUCUUAGUGUCCGAUAUUCUGCCGACUGUGAUCGAUGUACUUGAACAUUUAGUGGGUCAACAAGCUUUCAUGAGAAGCCCUUUAGCUUCUCUUUUCGUGGACGUCAGCAAUUUUUUGAUUGUUCUGAACUGUUCCAGCAAUUUUUGGGUUUUCAUUAUAUGGGGAAAGCGAUUCAGAAAAUCUUGCCGUCAGCUUGUUCUUUCAACAGCUUGUGGCAUUUCCAUAUACAGGCUCGCCAAUUUGGGCUCUGAUCCAGAUGUCAGCUAUUGUGCUCCGUCGUCUUUCACAACCAUCCAGAAUACAACCAAAAUCUAUGGAAGUGAUGGUCGCUCCAUACGCCACAAGCAGGAAAAAAAUGAGAAUGAAAAAUCGAAUGAACGAACCAUUGUAGUUCUUCCAGUAGAAAAAACUAGGACGAAAUCAAGUUCCGAUGAUGACAAAACCCCCGGAUGGGACUUCGAGAAAGCAACUCAAUUGGAACAGCUUGAGAAGCAGAGGCUUAUACCACCUCAAUGA